CUUAAUUUUUAUAAAUAAGCAAUCAAAAUAAUUUGUUUCGAAGUAAAUAUGUCUAAUAUCUAGCAAAUAAUAUAGAAAUAGUUUGGUUAAAGUACUUACACAGGAAGGGAGUAUUAAGAUAAAGGCAAAGAAGCAUAACACUAGCAGCUUAUCACAAAAAAAAUAUAUGAUAGACUUCAAAAUAAGAUAAAGCAGAACAAUAUAGUUUAUUUAAGUAAUUAUACUAAUAUUAAUUCAAGGCAGUAGCAGCAGCAGCUACAUUAACAAAAAUAGCUUUAACAAAAUUCAGUUUCGUGUAAAAAAUCAAAUCUUAUUCAUUAAAAUGAAUAUUAUUAAGGGAUGCCUUAACAAUAACAGCAAACAUAAACAAAUUCAAUAUUAAAAAAUGCAAAUUCAAUAGGGAAUUAGAGUACAUAAAUUCUAAAGCAAAGUGGUUAAUAUAAUUAAUAAUAGAUAUUAGAUUAAUACAAUUAUACUGUGUAGCAAAGCAUAUAAAUGCUUAGCAAGUAUGACAGAUAAUUAAAAUAGAAAACAAAUAGAAAUUAGAAUUGUAAUAGCACAUAAACAGGAUAAAGUUUUUUUUCAACUAAGCCAUGCUCUGCAAGAACAAACUUACAUACUAGGACUUAGUCUCUUGCAGCCGCUAAUAACAAUAUUAAUAAUAAUAUUUAAGAAUCAAAUAAUAAUUUUAGCUAUUGUUCUCCUAGGAUUGUAAAAGAAAAUAACAGCAUUGUAUCUUCAGCUCGGUCUUUGGCGACACCAGCUAUGAAUAUUUAGAAAAAAGAAUAAACAUUAAUUAUGCAUCAAGAGGAUUUGGAAAAAUAAAGCUAAUUAGUUCUCCUUGCUUAGAGCCAAACAAAAUUAAAAGGAAAUAUUUUUAAAGAAAAUUCAGAACAGGAAUAAAUUAAGAUUACACCUUUUCUUGAAGAAAGAAUAUUCAAUGAAAAACCUUUAUCAAGAGCAUCAUCUGCUCAUUCAAUAAAUUUAUAAAAUAAUUUAAACCGAGAGCAAUAAAUAAGAACUCAUUCUCAAAAAACUAGAAUUUCUUAGCAGGAAACGAGACCACAGUCUUCUUUUUCUUAAAAUAGAUCCUUAAUUUUCAACAGCUCUUAAAUUUAAACUUUUAACGAAUAAAUGUACAAAAAGAACAAUUACGUUAAAGAAGAAGAAGAGCACAGUAAUAGUUAAAGUGGGAAUCAAUAAAAUUAAGAAGAGAAACAAACAUAGUUGCACUCUAGGAAUAACCUAAAGUCAGCUAAUUUAAGUAGGAGAAGUUAAAAUAACUUGAGGAAUAACAAUUCUUAGUCAUUUACUACUCUAAAUCUAGAAUAAGAUAAAAAGGAUAUUAAUAAUACAUAGCAAAAACCUAAUUAGCAGUUGAAUGUAAAAAGCAUAUCUCUUAAUAGUAAGCUGACACUAGAGGAAAAGCAAGAAUAGUAUAAGCUAAAGAGGAAGAAACAGUCAGAUAUUUUACCAUUUUUAGACUACAAAGGUGAUUAAAGUCUUAAAUAUUUACAUAUGUACUUAUAUUUAAAUAAGAAUGAAAUAUUGAAUAUGAUUUAUAAUUUUGCUGAAUAUUCCGUGUAAUUAGAAGAUGCUGUGUGGGAAAUUAUUACGAAGGCGGUAGAAACAACCUAACUAAAGAUUCUAGCUAAAAUACUCAUUUUUGUGGGAGAGAUUGAAAUAGCAGUAGGAAAUUUAGACAAGGCUGCAUAUUUCUUAAAUUAAGCAAGAAUUUGUUGCGAGAUGAACAAAGGUUCAGAUUACUUAAAAUCAUAAGCAUAUUAACUAAUUGGAGAUAUUUGUAUCUAUUAAACGAAAUACAGUGAAUCCCUCCUUUUUUAUAAAAAAUCUCUAUAAUAUGCAUGGUAUUGUAAUGCAAGAGAUCAAGAAAUAGAUCUCUAUGAUAAGCUAGGCAUUGCUUACUAUUACCUGCAAGAACUAAAAAAAAGUUCAGUUUUUCAUCAAAGAUCUAUGGUUGCUGAUUAUGAAGACAUUGAUUCUCAUUUAAGAAGAAUAUCAUAUGAAGUUACACACGAGAUACGUAAAAAUCAAAAGGAAGAUCAACAGCAAAUUAACUAUGUUAUUUUUGCUCACCUUUCUUUGCCAUUAAAUUUAGCACAAAUGGACUUUUAUCAGUCACCGAAACAUGCUAAUAAUGGCUUAAUAAGUUCAAACAAUUAUCAAUUGUAAAAUGAGUAGUAUAGAAGUGAUUUAGGCUAUAAAAAAGAAUAGAAACUGCUGUUCACAUCACUGAAUAAAAAAUCUUCAGCAAAUAAUACAAAUGUUGGAUUAGUCAACAAUGACGUCACACUCAUUUCUAAUACAUCAAUGAUUAUAGAUUCCGUCAAUUACAAGUCGCAACAUCAUUCUCAUUCAUCUCGUCGCCCUUCUACUUCAAUUAAGCAAACAAAGCAAACGCCUCAUUAUUAACAGAAGCAAUCUUUUCUUGAUGAGGAAGAAUACCAAUACGAUACGCCUAGAUAAAAAGACGAGGAGGAGGAUUGGCUUCAACACGAAGGAACUGCUAGAAUGAAAAAACAACUCUACGAUAAAGCUACUGUUGAUAGCAUCAUAGAAAACCUCCUGAAAGAAAAUGACUUCAUAUUCUAAAUGUCUACUCCGAAGCACUCUGCAAAAUUAGAAAACUCAUAAUAAUAAGAAAAUAGCAAAUUCCGUAUUCACCGAGAAAAGUACGAGAAUAGCAACUUGAACAAGGUUAAUUAUGAUUUUAAGAGCUUUGGAGUUAUCAGCAACAGCCAAAGCUAAAGAAAAUUUGAUGAUAUAACACUUUACAAAUUUCCUCUUGAAAAAAAAAUAGAAAUACUGAAGAGUUAAAAUUUUGAUUUAAAUCAGGUUUGGCACCGCAUUAACAGGGCAGUGGCAUCUUCAUAAAGAUUUAACCAGCAGCUCAAUGACAGGAUUCGAGUGAAUUAGAACACUCCAAACAGGUGUGCAGCCAAUUAUAAAAGUUUUCCAAAAAUUACAUUCAAUAAAAUAAAGAAUAUCUAUGAAAAAUUGCUUAACGAGUUUGAAGUACGUAAUGAUAAUGCGAAUUAGUGA